CAACAUCCUACCACUCCCAACCCAACAUCCAUCCACCAUGCACGCCCCCUCGAUCAACGGGAUGCGUACCGCUAUGCUGAGCGGACGCCUCACCUCCAAGACGCUGGGCCCCUUCGCCCAUCCCAGCAGCUGCACCAACCCGUUGUAUCAAGCGCUCACUCAAGCCCGGACCGCAAGCACCAACUCCUCCUCCAUGCGAGUCCGCAGCACCCACACCCUGAAGACCACUACAGCUCUGCGUCCCUCGACGACAACGCAGCUCCCCACCUCUCUGGUCCUCUGCCGCGCCAACUCCUCCUCCGCCGCCGCUGCCAAAAGCGAAGCCGUCCGUCUCGACUGGGACUCGUUCUUCAAGCUCCGCGCUAGCCGUCGCCGGUACUCGCUUGCCUCGUCGAUCGUGAGCUCCCUGUUCACCACGGUCAUUGGCGUGCAGGUUCUCUCGACGCAGGAUCUGGAGUCCCUUGGCGCGCAGGUCAUGGGUCUGGAUCCGUUUGUGGUGCUGGGUAUGGCGACGGCGGCGUGCGGUGCGGCGGGUUGGCUUGUUGGUCCGUUUGUGGGGAAUGCUGUUUGGGGGUUGGUUUAUCGGAGAUAUAAGCCUGCUGUUAUGGUGAAAGAGAAGGAAUUCUUCGAUCGGAUUAGACGCUUCCGUGUCGACCCGUCGUCCAACUCCAUUGCUAACCCCGUGCCUGAUUACUAUGGUGAGAAGAUCGGUAGUGUGCAGGGUUAUCGCCAGUGGUUGAAGGAUCAGCGGGCGUAUAACCGCAAGAGACGUCAUUUCAUUGUUUAAAGUUAGUCAGUGGUUCUGUUUUGCAUGGGAUGCCUGUUUCUUUUGAGUGAGUGUUAUUAUGGCAUUCUAGAGAACUGUGAUUAAGUUCUCUUUUUUUUUCUCCUAUUUGUACGAAUAUUCAUAUCAGUGAGCG